UUGGAUGUCUUUUUCUGGGAACAUCUCUGCUUAAAAGUUACUUAUUGUCAAUCUUGUUGAACCGCUCCUAACUUCUUGCUAACUAUCAAUUGAUUUUAAUUUUCUUUUCGUGUGGUUAUGAUGAGUUUUAGAUAAUAUCUGAUGAAGAGAUGUUUUUAACUCCAAAUAGUGAUCAGAGCAUUACACAGGUGACAUUUUCUGAAAGAAUGAAGCAGAUUGUUUGUGCAAUUCUUGGAGAGGUUUCUGCAAGUAGAAACCUAACAUUCUUGGUGGAAGCUUAAGGAGGUUUCCUAUAAGUUUCAAACCGUGCUUUGUGAUUUCGGUAAGUCUUAGUGCUCUGGGAGAACCAUAUUGUUAACAUUUCAAGAAAGAAGAGAGAAAAAUGGGCUGUGUUUCUUCUUGCUUUCAAGUUGAAGACUAUGAGGAUCACACUAAUCCAAUUAGUUCUGUAAAUAGAAACUGUCCAUGCCCGAGAUGUCUUGUUAAUAACUUACUUAACCUGUAUAUCUCUUUGUUUAGAAGAGGCGAAACUCCCCGCUCUCUCCCAUCCUCUUUACAAGCUACUACUGUAUCCAUAACUUCCUAUGAUAACUUUAUGUCCUCUACUACAUGGCCUCUGCCUUAUGAUUCUGAUCCAGGAUACUUUCAUUCACGGCGUGAUUCUCUUGUCUCAAGACGUGAUAAGGGUUCUAGUCAUUCACAUGAGGAAGCUGAGCCCUUGAGAAGUGAUGCUGAUGAUGAGGAUUCUGAGUCUUUCUUAGUGGAAAGAAGCAGAUGGGACAAUAAGCUUACUAUCUCUGGUGAAGAUUCCAGAGAAGACUUCUCUAAAUCCACUAGGAGAAUUCUUAAGUCAAAGACAAUUAUGGAAGCGGGUAGUAACCAAGGCGUGUAUAUAGUGUCUGAUGAUGAUGAAGACGUUUGUCCAACGUGUCUUGAAGAAUACACAUCAGAGAACCCGAAGAUUGUUACAAAGUGUUGUCACCAUUACCACCUCAGCUGCAUUUAUGAAUGGAUGGAGAGAAGCCAAGACUGUCCUGUUUGUGGAAAGGUGAUGGAGUUCAACGAAUCACCGUGACUAAUAAAUAUCAUUGAUCCUGUCUUAACUGAAAAAGGGAAGAUCAACAAGGCAACAGAGACAUGUGCAAGUAGCUUUUGUUCUCCGUGAAUAACUGUUUAUUAUUAUUUUUCAACAUACUGUAUAUAUAAUGAUGGAGAAGUGAGGAAAUGUCCGCUCUGCACAGUUAUUUAAUAGCUUAUAGUUAUGAAGAAACCCUCACAACAACAGAAAACACACACAAUAAUCUGAUGUUUUUCACAGUGUGCCUCUGGUGCAGUGUUGUGUCCAAGGCAUUAAACUUUUUUACAUUAUCUUGUAACAGUGUGAUGUUUAUAAAUUUGGCAUAGAGGUUUACGUUGGCU